UGGCAAUAUUCUUAAAUUGUUUAAUAAUAUUUAAAUUACAAAACGUAAAGUGAAUGUGGCAGUCUGGUAGUUUCGGACUUGCGGUCUCUAUUUACCUUUUGCUUGCGGUCUAAAAAGUGUCUGCAGUGUUUUGAGUUUGGCGUUAAUUAUACUGUAACUCUUUUUCUUUAAUAUUUAAUAUGCCAAAAAAUAAGAAAAAGGCAGAAACCUCCAGUAGCGAUAGCGAUGAGGGACCUAUUGACAGAAAUCCGCCUCCUGAAAAAAAGGCCAAAAUGGGAUCAAGAACAGAUGAUAAGGAACCAACCUGGGUCUUACAGGGAAAGAAAUUAGUCAAAAUACGCGAAUUUAAAGGAAAGGUUUAUGUAGAUAUAAGAGAAUUCUAUGAAAAGAAUGGUGAAUUAUUACCAGGCAAGAAAGGUAUUAGUUUAACUCCUGAUAUGUGGAGAAAGCUUCUGUCCUUAGGAGAUGAAAUUAAUGAAGCUAUUAGUACCAUGUGUUAGUUAUUAAGUUUUUGUUUAAUUAAAACUAAUAAAAAAAAUUAUCUCUGUCA